ACCUCCUUACAAAGAAGAGCAAGAUGCUGGCAUAUUUACGAAAGGAGGUAUAACAAUUGGUCUGAAGAAGUCAGGUCUGGUAUUCAUCCUUCAUCCCAGCAACAACAAGAUGGAGAUCAAGCAACAAGUGAUGUUCACAAGGACACUGGAGUAAGAUAUGCUCCCUAUGCCAUUCCGUCCUGCCAACGGAGAGGCAAUUUUCAGAAACAAGACGAAACCCAUGUUAACAAGGCGACAGAGCAAAAGCCUUCAGAGAGAAUAAUGGAGAGAAACAGGCAGGAUGAGACCUUGGGGAGCUGGUUCAAGAUCAGGAUUCCCUUCGGUAUUAAAUACGAUGAGAAGUGGCUGCUGAAUUUGAUUCAGAAGCAAUGCAGUGUCCCCUUCACUCCAGUUGAAUUUCACUAUGAGAAAAUGCAGGCCCAGUUCUUCAUUGAGAACGCCAACAUUGCCUUCGCACUGAAGAAUGUCAAUGGCGUGAUUUACAAUAAGGAUAAUGAAAGGAUAUCUAUCUUUGUUGAGCCCUGUGGUGCACCCCACUCUGUGCUGAAGGAGCUGAAGUCAGAAAAGGUGGAGCAGAUAAAGCUGCCCGUGAAGGAACGAUAUGAUGCCUCCCAGCAAUCUCUUGACAUCCAGAGAGUCCGCUCUGACCCUGACUUGAUGACCCGUUAUACGGGAACGGUGCGAAACCCUGGAAAUGGCAUGGCCGCCUCCCUGCAGAUCCAUCCAGGGAAUAUGCCCAAGGUGAAGUCUGCAGGAGAAAUGGACAAGGGUGAGCGGCUGGAGCCAGAAGGGAUGUGUGCAGACAGAAACCCCCUGUGCACCACCUUCCCUGAUAAGUCAACCAACAUAAGCUCCAUCCUGGAAUUGUUCCCCAAGUUACUAACUUUGGAUGGCCAGGAGACAUCCCCACUGGCUAAGUGUGGUAUUGAAGCCAGCAAGCGCUUACCAACCUGCAAGGGAAACUACUUUGGAUCUCAUGAGCUGAAGAGCCUAGUCCUGCAAUUCCUGCAGCAGUACUACUUGAUCUAUGACUAUGGAGACCGACAGGGUCUUGCGGGUGCUUAUCACGAGGAGGCCUGCUUCUCCCUGACCAUUCCCUUCCACCCUGAGGACCCAGCCCCAAGCAGCUUGUGCGAGUCCUUCAAGGACAGCAGGAAUAUAAAGAAGCUCAAGGACCCCCACCUUAGGUUCCAGCUGCUGAAGCACACAAAAAGUGUCAUUGUGCACACCCUCUGUGUGUUGCCCAAGACUCAGCAUGACUUCAGCUCCUUCGUGGUGGACACGUGGUUCCAGACGGAAAUGAUGCUCUGCUUCUCAGUCAGCGGGGUGUUCAAAGAAGUGGAAGGAAGUUCUCAGGGCUGUGUGCGUGCCUUCACCCGGACCUUCAUCAUUAUCCCUGCCAGCUAUUCCAGUCAGUGCAUCGUGAAUGACAUGCUAUUUGUGAGGGAUGCCAGCCCCAGUGAGACCCAGAGUGUGUUCUCCAUCCCAGUGCCUACACCCACCUCCAGCUCCAUAAACACCCUCUCCCAGCAGCAGCAGGACAUCAUGCAGGCAUCCUCCACCCCAUUUGAGAUGAACAUCUAGUGGUCUGAGAAGUGA